AUGCUAAAAUUGAUUUUAUUGUAUACCGCAGGUUGGUAUAUUUGUGCGAUCACACUAUCAGUGUACAACAAAUGGAUGUUCGGUGGCACUAAUGGUUUAGGCGUGGCAUAUCCUAUUUUGGUAACGACUUGUCAUCAAGUGACUUUGUGGGUGCUGUCCUUUUGUUACAUUAGGUACUAUCUAAAGGAUACGGGUAAUGUCUUCAAAAGAUUGUAUAAUAAAGAAUGGCAGUUUUACUUAAAAUUUCUAGUUCCGACCGCUGUAGCAACCGCUGGUGAUGUAGGGUUGAGCAAUGCCUCUUUCAAGUAUGUUCCGUUAAUUAUUUACACUAUAAUCAAAUCAUCAAGUAUAGCUUUCGUUCUAUUAUUUGGUUGUCUUUUCAAAGUUGAGAAAUUCCAUUGGAAACUUGGAACGAUUGUUAUUUCCAUGUUCGUUGGUGUAUGUAUGAUGGUUUAUCAACCUUCCAAUGGUUCUGCCGCUGACGAGAAUAGCAAUUUUCUCAUCUUGGUGGGAUCGUUGAUGGUUUUGGCAAGUAGUUGCUUAUCUGGCUUCAGAUGGGUGUAUACUCAGGUUAUACUGAAGGGUGUACCAAACGAAAAUGUAGAAAUCAGAUUACCAGAUGAUGAUGAUCCUCAUAUUCAAGGUAACUUGGAUUCGAGGUUAAACUCGUCAACUGGCGAUAAAGUUAAUGGCUCUGAAAGCGACAAACCGCAUCCCGUAUAUACUAUCUGCCAAUUAGCGCCACUAAUGGCAGUUGCCUUGGUCAUAACAUCGUUGCUCGUGGAACAGCCAACAUUUAGUUUAUCUGACUCAAAAUUAUUCUCGUAUGGUAGUGAUACCGGAGUUACAACACGAUCAUUUUUUGUCGGGAUAAUGUUACUUCUCAUUCCAGGUGUGUUAGUUUUUGGACUAACGUUAUCAGAAUUCGGUAUCUUACAAAUUACAAAAGUUUUGACUGUCUCGGUCAUUGGUGUCAUUAAAGAAGUUCUCACGGUGUUGAUUGGUGUCUGGUUCUUGCAUGAGAGAAUAAGUGGAUGGUUAAACUGGUUGGGUGUCGUACUCAUUUUAAGUGAUGUGUUGUACUAUAACUAUUUCAGAUAUGGACAAAAUCAAGAACAAGGCUAUUCUAGCUUGGCUAUGAACGAUUUAGAAUCACCAAGCGAUAUAGAAGAGCACUUUACAUUGGGGGAUAAGAUUGCUACUGAGCCUUAUCCACUGAUGGGAACUACAAUGCAAGGGUAUGAAGCGGAUGUUUUGACCAGAAAACUGUCUGGCGGUGCUUCAAAUCUUGGAAGUGAUGUGCCAGUAGACGAGGUUCUGUCAACAUACGCCCCAAAUUUCGAAUUGCAAACAAAUUCAGGAGAAACUGAAAAUAAUGCAUAA